CCGAUUGCCUCCACGAGGUGUUCGCCGGUGGAGCAAACGUGCACACGGUUCCCGAGACGAUAGAAAAAGGGCGCGAGACGAGGAGAGAUCCCGCCUUCGCCGAGCCACGUGGACCCAGACAGAUUUUGCGAGACUUUUCACACCGUACAGUGAAGUUCCUCGGUCAACGGAAAAUUGAAAAUUAAAAAUUGACACUGUUGAACCGGUCCUCCGUAACGUCCCGUCGAACAGUUCGUAGAUCGAGAGCAUCGGGACCGUUCCAGUCUCUCUUCGUUUUUCCCUUUGGAUUUUCUGUCGCUCGUCCCCGCCGGUUCUCGUCGUACGUGUCGGUCGGCUCGCUAAAAGUGGGAACAGUUCGCGGUUCAUUCGAAUAUGAACGAGUAUGCGUUCUCUGAACGGGAUCGACGAGGUUCGCAGAUGAGCCUGUACAAGAUUUAUGGAAGAGUUUGAACAGCCGCGCCGGGGACUGGCUCGUUCUUUCGCUCGCGGAUGAGAUGCAGAUGAGCGUGUUACCGAGGGAAAGGAGGCGAAUCGUUUGGAUCCGGUGCCCAAUGCUGCUGGCGUUGGGGCUACUCUUGGCGUUGUCGGACGUCGGAGCUGUUCAGCGGUCGGACGUCCAGUCGCACGCGAAUUCCUCGCUGGAAACGGACAGAACCGGGACCAGUCGCGGUAUUUCGGUCACCAGGAUUCUUCAAGAUGGCGAGCUGGAGCGUGUAAUUCGCUGGCGCGGGAUCUGCGCCAAGGAGACCGUCGUUAACUGGGGAGAUACGGACGUAGCACUGAGGCAAGUCUGGCUGCAGGAGACCGGCAGAAAGUUGCAACUGAUAUACGAGGCCGGAUCGCUGACCGACUGCGUCGACGAGGAGCUCGUCGACGGGGACGAGGGCUCCUGCGCGUCGAGUACGCACUCCGGCGAUUACGAUGACGAGGCGUCGAUCGAGGUGUUCGACGUGGACGAGCACGAGGACGCCUCGAGAAUCCCGCAGGACCUCUCCUGGCUCUCGUCCACGUCCGAGCUGAGGCAUCGGUGCGCUCGCGUCAGAAGCAGGGCGAGAAAUCAGCUUGUCGGACAACAUCGCCGCAGGAAGUACGCGAAGCUUCAGAACACGACGAGCAACAGCCGCAAGCAAAGAAAAGGCAAGAGUCGAUCCCGGAGGGAUUUGUUCAUGAUCCCGGGCACACAAUGGUGCGGCCGCGGUCAUCGUGCCACCAAGUACACGAAUUUGGGCGGUUUUGGUACCGCAGACGCUUGUUGCCGUAGACACGACACCGCCUGCCCGUUCUUCAUACCGCCUUUCGAAACGCGUUACGGUUUCUUCAAUUGGGGCAUUUCCAGCAUGAUGCACUGCGCCUGUGACGAACGUUUCCGCACGUGUUUGAGAAUGGCUGGGACAUCGUCGGCGAACUUCGUCGGCAAGAUCUUCUUCGACGUUCUCCGCACGAAAUGCUUCACCCUAAAGCCGCAGAAGGUAUGCGCGAAAUGGUCAUGGAUGGGCAAGUGCCAGCGUCACGAGUACCGGAAGCAAGCUCAUAUUCGCGAUAAUGUUCCUUAUUAAUAUGGAAAGAAAGAGUCGAGCCUCACGGAAUGAGAGAAGAGAAGAGAGAAAGGAAAAAGAGAGAU